UCUGUAAAUCCAUUCGUAAAACGCUGAUCUCACGAGUCCAUGGUUUUUCCAUUAUUGUAAGUGCAGCUCCGGAACGGGAUCCGUGUCAUCAUAACGACAGAAUCCAAUGCGCUCUGCUCCGUGCAAGCAACCUUUGCGUGCUAGACUGACUGCUGCAUAAGCGUGUACGGUACAUUGGUACCACACGCACACGACUAUACCCAUGCAUGCGGUAUCCUGCCGGGCGUGAUCGCAUUUAAGGCGGCGCCCGGUUGUAUACUAGUGCGCAAGUUUACUUCCGAUAGUUACUCCAUCAGUGCCCAGUUUUUCAUUACUCGAGCACGAUGCUGUUAACCCUUUUGACUCUCUUACGAAGCGAAAAUUAGGUGUGACAUUUGUCCAGUGUAAUUUAAAUAAAAAUCAUGUACGGUUUACUGUUGGAAGCUGUGGCCCUUUUCAUCAAGAAAACCUACGGAAUUGACCAAUGGACUGCCAUUCAGCGCGAGGCCAAACUCGAGGGCACCGAAGGCUUCGGCAUUCAUGAAAUCUAUUCUGAAAAUCUUAUCCCGAAAAUUGUGGAUGUAGCGUCACAGCAGCUUAACAUAUCAAAGGAGGAUUUACUUAUCCGCUUCGGAGCGGACUUUGUAGAUUUUGUGGAACAGUAUGGAUAUGAACGUAUUUUGCGCGUGCUGGGCAGACAUUUCCGGGACUUCCUAAACGGUUUAGAUAACCUUCACGAGUAUCUCCGUUUUGGCUACUCCAAGAUCAAACCCCCUUCAUUUUUUGUUGAAAAGGAAACUAUGCAUGGCCUUGUACUGCAUUACAGAAGCCGCCGACGAUAUUCCGGCUACAUUAACUAUGUAUGCGGGCAGCUGAAAGCCGUGGCCAAAAAGUUCUACAGGAAGGAUAUCGACAUAGAGGUUCUGUCGCAUAAUGUUAUUGGCAGCCGGGUCCAUGUAAUAUUCGAUAUUCAGUUCGACAACGAGGAAUUCCUGAAAAUCUCUGCGGCUAGCAAGAGUUUCGUUAUUGACCGCAGUUUAUUAAGAGUCAAGUCCGACCUGUUCUUUCAGAUGUUUCCCUUCCACAUUGUGUUCGAUAGUGAGAUGGUUAUCAAGCAUGUCGGAUCGGGAUUAUAUGCGGUUAAACCAGAUAUAAUCGGAUACGAUGUCACACAUGUGUUCACCCUCUUGAAACCCAUGAUCGACUUCACAUGGGAUCAGCUCAUCAUUCACGUAAACAACGCGUUUGAAUUGAAAACUAUCGAUCGGGUGCUGCGGAAGGCCGGAGUAACCGAUCGCGAUGCGGCAGGCGGCGGGGAUAGUGACCUCGACCAAGGCAGCUCCGUCCACGGAUCGAAGCUAUCAAAUGCGACUACUGCUGUCGAGGACAGCGAUAGUGAGGAUUCCGAUACAAUCCAGGGCGUCCAUUUGCAUUUAAAAGGACAGAUGAAGCCGAUGUCAAAUUGGGACUGUUUCUGCUUUUUGGGGACCCUUGUGAUGACAGACUUGUCCGUUCUCUUUAAAGCGGGACUGUAUCUAAAUGAUUUAAGUAUGCAUGACUCGAGCCGCGACCUUUUACUUGCUGGGACACAACAGUCUGCCGAACUCAAACUCGCACUUGAUCAGGAACAACAAAAAAGUCAAAUCCUGGAGGACAGCAUGAAGCGGCUAGAUGACGAAAGGCGAAGAGCAGCAGAAUUGUUAUACCAAAUGAUUCCUCGUCAGAUUGCGGACCAACUGCGUAAUGGUGUUCCGGCAGAAGACACGUGGCAGGUGUUUUCGUCUGUCAGCAUACUAUUCAGCGAUAUGUACCAGUUUGUCAAUAUUUGCGAAAGCCUUACGCCACUGGAAGUAGUAUCGCUUUUGAAUGCAAUGUAUGUGAGUUUUGAUCGAAAGACAGAAGAGCACAAUGUUUACAAGGUGGAGACCGUUAAUGACAGUUACAUGAUUGUUGCGGGUGCCCCAGUUCCAGAUAGCCAACAUUGCUCUAGGAUAUGUGACAUGGCGCUGUCCAUGUUAGCAGAUAUUCAAAAUGUUAUUAAUCCAUCCACAGGAAAACAUGUCACAAUAAGAGUUGGAAUACACAGUGGAACAAUUGUGGGUGGUGUUGUGGGAUUGCGGACGCCGAGAUUUUGUUUGUUCGGCGACCCGGUAAAUACGGCAAGCAGGAUGCAGUCUUCGGGCGAGCCGAUGAAGAUUCAUGCUAGCGAAGCCACUGCCGAAAAUUUGGACAGCAACAUCUAUCAGAUUAUUGAACGCGGAACAAUCGACGUUAAAGGAAAGGGGUCGAUGAAGACCUAUUGGAUUUUAGGCAAAUCAGCAUAAUACAGCUUCAUAACCGGCAUUGCCGUUUAUACUUGGACCUUUGGACGUUCGGAGAAACUGAAGCCACACCUCAAAAAGCAAUAUUUGCGAAAACCAAUCAAUGUUUUAUUGUAGUAAAUUUAUGUACACUAGAGCCCAGUUUGAUAACGAUCUGGUGCAAUUCGUAAAGACAACUACGAAAUUGGAAACGAUUAUGAUUUUGCUUUAAAUAAUCGGAUAUAUUGCACGAUCACUUAUUCUGUAAUCAGUGAUUGGUAUGAACCACGAAAAUCGCGAUGUAUCA